AUGGACGAUGACACCGAGGGCGUGGGCGACGAGAGCACCUGCCCCCCCGCCGCCGCCGACCGAGGAGCCUCCUCCUCGGCCGCCACCGGCGGCGGCGGCUCGCACGGUUACACUGACAUCGCGAAGGAGGUCUUCGACCGUCUCCUGGAGAAGGGAAACCCGGAGGUCGUCGCGGACCCGCCGGCCUUCCUCGAACUGCUCCAUCGCCACUUCGACCGCCUGCCGCUGAGCUACGCCAUCGAUGUGAGCGUCGACAAGGCAGAGGACGUGCUGCUGCACCGGAGGAUUCUCAACGAGUGCGCCGACCCUGAAAAGCGCCCCAUCUUCCAUGUCCGCUUCUUGCACUGCGCCCCGGCAUCGGUGGAUUCACAGGAUAACACUCAGGGCCUCUCUACGAGUGAAAACGGUAAUUGUGGGGGUUCUCAGGCUUCCACUUUGAGAGGAUCUGAGCCUACAGAAUUUGAGCCAUGCGAAGGGAUGGAGGACCUCAGUUUAACUGGAAAAAAAGUUGUGGAUGACUCUGAGGCUAGUUCUUCGAGGAGAGACGUAGAAAUCCUCCAUAUUCAUGAAAUUAUUUUUUCUACCGUUGACAAGCCAAAGCUCCUCGCUCAGCUAUCUGCUUUGCUGUCUGAAGUUGGACUGAACAUCCGUGAAGCUCAUGUCUUCUCAACAACUGAUGGCUUUUGUUUGGAUGUAUUUGUUGUUGAUGGCUGGGAUACAGAGGAGACAGAUACUUUGCUACAGAUUCUCAAGGAGACAGCGGCACGAAAUCAUGCCUCAUUAUCAAACCCAACAAAUUCUGCAGCCUCGCAAAGAAUACUGGAACUGCAAGAGCAGAUUGGUGAUUCAAAUGUUGACAGGAGUUUCCUGCAGAUUGGGGAGAAGAUUGCAUCUGGAUCUUCCGGGGACUUGUAUCGAGGAACUUAUCAAGGUAUGGAUGUCGCAGUAAAGUUCCUCAGAACCGAACAUGUUAAUGACUCAUCAAAGGUGGAGUUUUUACAAGAAAUAUUUAUUCUAAAGAGUGUUAAUCAUGAUAAUGUUGUUCGAUUCUGCGGGGCAUGCACAAAGCAGAGAAAAUAUGUCAUUGUAACAGAGUAUAUGCCUGGAGGUAAUCUAUAUGAUUUUCUUCACAAGCUAAAAAACACUUUGGAUCUCGCAACGGUUCUUAGGAUUGCUAUUGGCAUCUCCAAGGGAAUGGAUUAUUUGCACCAAAAUAACAUCAUCCAUCGAGACUUGAAGACUGCCAAUUUGCUGAUGGGCUCUGAUUAUGUUGUGAAGAUUGCAGACUUUGGAGUCUCAAGGAAUCCAUCUCAAGAGGGAGACAUGACUGCUGAAACUGGUACCUACAGAUGGAUGGCGCCUGAGGUAAUAAACCAUAAGCCGUAUGAUCACAGGGCAGACAUCUUCAGCUUUGCUGUUGUUCUGUGGGAGCUGGUCACUUCAAAGAUACCAUACGAAAAUCUGACACCCUUGCAAGCUGCGCUGGGAGUAAGGCAGGGAAUGCGGUUGGAGAUCCCGUCAUGGGUCCAUCCGCAACUGUCUAAACUGAUUCAGCAGUGCUGGGAUGAAAAUCCUAACGUGCGCCCCUCCUUCUCAGAGAUCACUGUAGAGCUGGAAGGCAUGUUACAGCAUCAUCAGGCCUCAAAGGGAAUCAACAAACAUUAA